AGAUGGCGGCGCGAGUGCUGCGCGCCCGCGGAGCGGUGUCGGUCGGGGGUCUCCUGCAGCGGGUCAGCCCUUGCAGCCUCCUGCCUGGGCUCCGGGGACUGACAUCUUCUAGUGUCAGACCUGGAGAAGACAGCUGGUUAAAAUCCUUAUUUGUCCGGAAAGUUGAUCCAAGAAAAGAUGCUCAUUCCAACCUCCUGGCCAAAAAGGAAACGAGCAGCCUGUACAAACUACAGUUUCACAAUGUUAAACCGGAAUACCUAGAAGCAUACAACAAAAUUUGUCAAGAGGUGUUGCCAAAGAUUCACGAAGAUAAACAUUACCCUUGUACUUUGGUGGGGACUUGGAACACGUGGUAUGGCGAGCAGGAUCAAGCUGUUCACCUCUGGAGGUAUGAAGGAGGCUAUCCAGCCCUCACAGAGGUGAUGAAUAAACUCAGAGAAAGUCAGGAAUUUGCGGAAUUCCGUAAGGCAAGAAGUGACAUGCUCCUCUCUAGGAAGAAUCAACUGCUAUUGGAAUUCAGUUUCUGGAAUGAGCCUGUCCCACGGUCAGGACCUAAUAUAUAUGAACUCAGGUCUUACCAGCUCCGACCUGGAACCAUGAUUGAAUGGGGCAAUUACUGGGCUCGUGCGAUUCGCUUCCGGCAGGAUGGCAAUGAAGCGGUCGGAGGAUUUUUCUCUCAGAUUGGGCAGCUCUAUAUGGUGCAUCAUCUGUGGGCUUACAAGGAUCUUCAGACGCGGGAAGAUAUACGAAAUGGAGUAUGGCAUAAACAUGGCUGGGAAGAAUUGGUAUAUUAUACAGUCCCACUUAUUCAGGAAAUGGAAUCCAGAAUCAUGAUCCCACUGAAGACUUCGCCCCUCCAGUAAAGCUAUAAAGUUGCCUUACCUGUGCCUACAUGAAUUUCAGCGACAAGUAUUUGUCAUAAGUUAAUUUUAUGGUAUACAUUGUAUAUCAUGUGAAAAAGAAACACUGACAUGUAAAAUGCUGUAUAUAGCUUAUGAGAGACCUCUUUUCUUUAGAAUGUCCGUAACCACGAGAAAGGAAACCAUUGCAGUUUGGCUGAUUGUGACAGUGCUCUGUUGUCCUCUUUGAAACACCCCUGUGUUUCUGGAACAUACUGUAUAAUACCCAGGCCCCACCUCCACUCCCAGCCUCCAGAAAAGAGGGCCCAGAUUUAAAUUUGAAUCAUGUCCAAAUAGGACUCCUACCAUGAAGAAAUUUUUUUAGCCAUUUCUUUAUAAAAAGAAAAUGUUUUAUAAUUACAGAUUUUAGACAAAUUUCUUGUAUCAGGAAGAAAUGUGAUUUUUUUUCAUGUUUCCCUAAGAGUUUUUCUGAGUCUCAAACUAGGAACAAAUUAAGAGUGUACCCAGUACCCAAAAAUGUUGUAAUUCACUCUCAUCUAUAAUCAGCUGGCAUAUUAAAAAAUGUCAUCAGGAAGCUGGUAGUGGUUGCCAAGGUCCAUCUAGUCAGUAGUCCAGUUUUAAUCUAGUGUAUCGUGAUGUCUCUGUAUGAGGGGAAAAAAAUGACUUGAACCUGUGUAUCAUCUGUGAUUUUAAAACAGAUACCUUGAAUAGCACUAAUUUUUAUUUGUAAUAUUUUUCUAUAAUAAAACAAGUAGGCAAAGAGGUUUUAUUUUGUAAGUAGUCAUUUGUGACCUCAGACAUCCUCUGGUUGAUAUUUUAAUAAGCUCGUAGCAAGCACUUCAAAGGUCAUGUAUGAGGACGGGCAGUGCAUGUUGAAAUUUAAAUUGGCAUCAGGCUGCAUCCUUUGUCUAGCUCUGUUUGAUUUCAUUUUUUAAUAUAGUAUGCCAAUUUUGUGUCUGUAAUCGUGAAAGUCCUGUUAAAAUGAAAAAUUCUGUCUACUCCCCAAAGUAAAUAAUUUAUGUGUAAAACACAGUGUGAAUAAAUCUUAAAUGUCCAACUUUUACAUGUGAAUGGUUUUCUGCAAGAACAUAUAAAAGUCAAUAAAAACCUCUUAAUUUUCACAUAC